AUGGGAUCAGUGUCCAGGGGGCGGCGGAGAAGGGGGGUAUGGGGAGCUCUGGCCCCCUCUAACGGGAUGGCCUCGUGGGUCUGGCUGCUGGCUGCUGUCCUGCUCUCCCUGUUAACUGUCAGCGUGGCUCGGCCGCCCAUUACUACCACUAAGGAAGAGGAGACCACUUUGGAACCUGAAGAAGCAUCGAAUAAAUACCAAAUUUCUAAGCCCACGUUGUGCUCCGUGCACCCGGGGGAGGUGUUGAAGCUGAGCUGCCCACUGCCGGCAACGGGGACCAUCACCUGGACCAAAGAUGGCAGCUCUCUGGGCACCAACAACCGCACUCUGAUAGAACAGGAGGUGCUGCAGAUCCGUGAUGCCACACCUAAGGAUUCGGGGCUGUAUGCUUGCACCAGUGUGGGCAAAGACACGGUCUGCUUCAUAGUCAAUGUAACAGAUGCCAUCUCGUCGGGGGAUGAUGAGGACGAUACAGAGCGAACAGAAGAUGCAGGGGCGGAAGGAGAACAACUAAGGGCCCCAUACUGGACCUCGGCUGCAAAGAUGGAGAAGAAGCUGCAUGCAGUACCAGCUGCCAACACAGUCAAGUUCCGCUGUGCUGCAGGGGGCAACCCCCGGCCCAAGCUGAGUUGGCUCAAAAACAGCAGGCCAUUCCGUCAAGAGGACCGCAUGGGAGGUUAUAAGGUACGAAGUCAGCACUGGACCCUUAUUAUGGAGAGUGUGGUUCCAUCAGACAAAGGCAACUACACUUGUUUGGUGGAGAAUGAGUUUGGAUCCAUUAGCCACACCUACACCCUGGAUGUUGUGGAACGGUCUCCUCACCGACCCAUUCUCCAAGCUGGCCUGCCUGCCAACACGUCCGUCUAUGUCGGGGAAGACGCCCGCUUUGUCUGCAAAGUGUACAGUGACGCCCAACCUCAUAUCCAGUGGCUGAAGCACAUAACUCAAAAUGGCAGUCGUUACGGUCCCGAUGGGCACCCUUAUGUCAAAGUGCUAAAGACCGCGGGUGUAAACACCACAGAUAAGGAGAUAGAAGUUCUCUACUUGCCCAAUGUAACAUUUGAACAUGCUGGGGAGUAUACGUGCUUGGCGGGUAAUUCUAUUGGGAUCUCCUAUCACACUGCUUGGUUGACGGUGCUUCCAGCGGCAGAGAAAAAUGUGGAGCCCCUUUCUCCCGAUUAUGUGGAGAUCGCCAUUUACUGCGCCGGCGUCUUUCUCAUCGCCUGCAUGGUCGGCAUCGUGGUGGUUUGCCGCAUGAGGAACACAGCCAAGAAACCGGAUUUUAGUGGCCAACCUGCAGUUCACAAAUUGAGCAAACAGAUCCCUCUGCGCCGCCAGGUAACAGAAAGUAGAUAAAGAGUGUCAGCUGAUUCCAGUUCAUCAAUGAAUUCCAAUACGCCGCUAGUAAGAAUCACCACUCGGCGGAGUUCCGCGCACGAUGACCCAAUUCCUGAAUACGACCUUCCUGAGGAUCCACGGUGGGAGUUUGCAAGGGACAGGUUGACCCUGGGCAAACCCCUGGGUGAGGGCUGCUUCGGCCAAGUUGUAAUGGCAGAAGCUCUUGGCAUCGAUAAAGACAAACCCAAAGAGGCUGUAACUGUCGCUGUCAAAAUGCUGAAAGAUGACGCCACCGAAAAGGACCUGUCUGACCUGGUGUCAGAAAUGGAAAUGAUGAAAAUGAUCGGCAAGCAUAAGAACAUCAUUAAUCUGUUGGGGGCCUGCACACAAGAUGGGCCUCUGUAUGUGAUCGUGGAGUAUGCCUCCAAAGGUAAUCUAAGGGAGUACCUCCGAGCCCGCCGGCCUCCUGGAAUGGAGUACUCCUACGACAUUGCCCGCGUGUCUGACGAACAGCUCACGUUCAAAGAUCUGGUCUCAUGCACUUACCAAGUGGCACGGGGCAUGGAGUACCUCGCAUCCCAAAAAUGUAUACACAGAGACCUGGCAGCCAGGAAUGUCCUGGUCACAGAAAGCAACGUCAUGAAGAUCGCAGACUUCGGUUUGGCCCGCGAUGUCCAUAACAUCGACUACUAUAAAAAGACGACCAAUGGUCGGCUUCCUGUGAAGUGGAUGGCUCCCGAAGCGCUUUUUGACCGGGUCUACACGCACCAGAGUGAUGUAUGGUCAUUUGGGGUGCUCAUGUGGGAGAUCUUCACCCUAGGCGGCUCCCCAUACCCCGGCAUUCCUGUCGAAGAACUCUUCAAGCUGCUUAAAGAGGGCCAUCGCAUGGAUAAACCUGGCAACUGCACCAACGAGCUCUAUAUGAUGAUGAAAGACUGCUGGCACGCCAUAUCAUCCCAUAGACCAACCUUCAAGCAGCUUGUCGAGGAUCUGGAUCGCAUUCUUACCCUCAGCACCAAUGAGGAGUAUCUGGACCUGUGCUCCCCCACAGAGCAGUAUUCUCCGAUCUUCCCCGACACUCGCAGCUCCUGUUCUUCCGGCGACGACUCCGUGUUCUCACACGAGCCCUUACCGGACGAACCGUGUCUCCCCAAAUAUCAGCACAUCAAUGGCAAUGUUAAAACAUGA